AUGUGUUGUCUCCCCAUCCAGCCUGUCCUCGCCAGUGAGCCAGUACGGCUGAAGACUCCAUUCCAUGGGUUAUAUAGCGGUAACAGCGCCUCUUGGGCGGGCAUCGCCAACUAUUUCCGGUGGUGUCAGCCACCCAACUUCAGCAGCAAGGCAAGGCAAGGCAAGGCAGGCCAGGCAGGCCAGGCAGGGUUCAAGGGUCGACAGGCAGGAGGAUCCUCUUCGUUCUCCGUCUGCUUCGCUGGCAUUCUUCGUCUUGCUCGUCCCGUCCUUGCAUGGUCAAGGGCGUCUUUUCCUGCUUUCUUCGCUCGUUACAUCAUCUCCCCCGAACAUGAAACAUGUCUCUACCGUUCCUCUGUGACUCUAUUCGACUCCCCAGCCUCUGCUCUGCUCCUCCGCGUCUCCAUCGCCCUCGCUACUGUCGUCAUCUCACCGUCUUUCCCCCCUUUUUUAUAUAUCCCCCUAUGCUAA